UCGAAAACAACUUCAACUUAGAACCGGCGCUAUAUUAUAGUGAGUUGAAGAUGGCAGAAGAAGUGCCAACAGACCUUUUGCAGGAUACCUACCAACAAGCACAGGACCUUAUACCCAGGAAGGUGAAACGUGCUUGUGAUAUUCGGUACGAGGUCCUCAUCAAACUGGGGAACAUGUUGGAUCGGCGCGACCCAGACGGUAACGACUGGAGGGUCAUGGCGUCCAAACUGGACAUACCGAACUCACGGAUCGACAACAUUGCCUGCAAGGAGACUGAGAAGACUGUGGCCGUGCUUCGGAACACUACCCACGUGUCGACGAGACAACUGGUGAAGGCACUGUAUGAGAUGGGACAGAGGGACGCUCUGCAGCUAUUGGUUGACUUUUAUUCAUCAACUAACGGUGAAGACCCUGAAGAACAAGUGAGGGCACAUCCAGGGAGAACCCAGUCAAUGGAUGGACCCACCGAGUCUGAUGAACGCUAUCCCGUCCAAGUCCGGCCUGACAGGGCAAUGUCGGAGCCCGUACCUGACAGCGGAUACAGCGGUGACAGUUGUCGCUUGCCGAGACAAGAGUCUGACCAGGGAAGGCAGGGAGCCACUGGCGGGCCUUCUCUGAUGUCCUCCUUCUCUUCAACAUCUUCCAUGUCAUUUCCACAGUUCAGCCAAGGUUCAACAGAGGACCGUAUAGAGGAGGAUUUCUUCUGUGAGGAAUCCAAACAGUUUUGGUACACUGUCAAGGGCAACUCAGCAGAGUUCAAGAUCUAUUUCCACUUUGUGACAGCUAUGAAGAAUUCUUUUCCAAAUGACCCACUGGCCACCCAGCUGAAGAACAACAAAGCCUUGAAACUCAUUAAACAUGUCUUUGGGAUAAAAGGUGACAAGCGUGAUAAAGUACAGGUAGACAAGUUUGUGCUCCUUCUUGGCUGGUUUGGACCGUUCAAAGCAGAUGCACAUGGACACUGUGUAUGUCUGGCACAGAUCCAGUCUUUGAUAGACGGAUCAACCACCAGAGUGGGCAACAGGCUUGAUAGCUGGUUUGCGGGUUACAUGAGCCAAGACGAGGCGAACCGUCGGCUGAAAGGGCAGAAAAAAAGCACGUUCCUGGUGAGGUUCAGCGAGAGUCUGAGAGAAGAGGGCGGAUUCUCUGUAGGGUUGAGUCUGGGAGAGGAUCAGGAACCCGUGCACUUCAAUAUCAAGGGAAAUCCAGUGGUGGCAGCAUCCAUGGAACCGUUUAACGCACAUCUGGAGUUUGUGCCAGACCACGAGCCAGCCAAAACGUACCCUGACUUGGUGACGCUGGUGAACAAGCGACUUACCAGCGGAAACCCAGUGUACGAGGACGUGUUCUGUGUCCGGCCAUGCCAGGACUUGCCCUUGAAUGUGACCUUCACAGGUUACGAGGAAAAUGCGCGGUAGAAUGUAAAGGCGUAGCUAUGCAGUUUUUAGCUUAAAUAUUUUGUUAUGCAGUUAUAAGAACAUAAUUGUCAUAAUCUGCAGUGUAUUAGUUACUGUAAAUGCACAAACUUUCGUGGUGGUUUAAUGUUCGCAGUUUUUGCUUUGGCCACUUUACCGUGAACUUAAAAUCACCGCAAACAUUUUUGUGGCAGUAAGAGACUACAGUGCAUGAUGUAACCGCAAACCCAAAACCACCGCAAAAAGUCGUUUUUUCCGCUACCGCGAAAUUAAAUCCCAGCAAACUUAAAUGCAUUUACAGUAUCAAAUGUUGGUUUGUGUGAAACUGUGCACUGGCAUAGGGGUAAAAGUGUUUUCCCUGUAGUGGGAAGGUCUAGAGUUCAAGGUCAAAACCAAAGACUUGUAAAGAAAUGCGAGCACUAGUCUAAGACUCUGCGUAGCACUUGAAAUAUAUUCUAUGGUAGUUGAACACGUGUGCUGUGUCUUGCACUACAAAACUACGUUAUGCUUGUUUUAACUGUGUUACAACUGAAAGACAUCGAAAUUUUAAUGUUACAUUUUCAUCUUGCCAAAAGAUUGACUACUUGUAUGAUGAACAAAACUAGAUCAGUUUUAAUUAACAGUCAUGAAGUGAUGUAGUAGUAAUGGUUGACUGUGAACUGUGUUGCCACCUUAACUGAAAGACAUCGAAAUGGAACAUAACAUUCCAUCUUGCCAAAAGAUUGACAACUUGUAAGCUGUAUGAGGACCAAAUCAAUUAAAUUGGAUCACUAUAUAAAGUUUUUAACAGUCAUGAAGUAAUAUAAUA